AUGGAAGCAGAAUGGAGAGACAAAAAGCUCUAUCCUUUACUUGGCAUUCUUUUGCUUUCGAUUCUUCUCUACCUCAACUUUGGCAACACCAAUCUCAUUAGUUUUCCGAUCUUACGGCAGCCCCGGUUGGAUUUCGUGUCUGCAAACUCCACGCAUUUCAUUAUCGUCAACGGUGGUGGUGCUGCUGCGGAGGAGGAGGAGGAGAAUCAGUCAGCGGUCUACGUCAACGGUUGGAACUCCUAUUGGCUAAUGCAGGAGAGCGUGUGGGGCGGUCCGUCGAGAUCGAAGGCGUCGAAGAUGCUCCAGAGAGGGGCCCAAAUGGGGUUGACCGUCUGUAGAACUUGGGCCUUCAGCGAUGGUAAUGGACCUAAUGCCUUGCAGAUCUCUCCCGGUGUCUUUAACGAAAGAGUCUUUCGGGGACUGGAUUAUGUCAUUGUUGAAGCAAGGAAGCAUGGGAUUAGAUUGGUUCUUAGUUUGGUGAAUAAUUUGAAUAACUUUGGUGGGAAGGCUCAGUAUGUGAGAUGGGCACAAGAAGCUGGAAUUAAUGUUUCUUCUUCAAGUGAUUCAUUUUUUUCACACCCGAUGAUUAAAGAUUACUACAAGUCUUACGUUAAGGCAAUUUUGUCUAGAAAGAACUCCUUGAGUGGUGUGAAGUAUUCUGACGAGCCGGCAAUAUUUGCUUGGGAGCUGAUGAAUGAGCCCCGGUGUGAGUCCAGUUCCUCUGCUCCCAUUCUUCAGGCAUGGAUCACUGAGAUGGCUGCUUUUGUCAAGAGUCUGGAUCAAAAACAUUUAGUGACUGUUGGACUUGAGGGGUUUUAUGGCCUCAAUACAACUAAAGGACCGGAAGUAAAUCCUGGGGAGUGGGCAGCCUCACUUGGAUCAGACUUUAUACAGAACUCAGCAAUCGAGAACAUUGACUUUGCUUCAGUUCAUGCAUACCCUGAUAGCUGGAUACCACAUGCUGAUUUGGAAGAAAAGACUCGCUAUCUUUCCCAGUGGGUGGAUUCUCAUAUAAGCGAUGGGGAUCAGGUGCUUAAAAAACCGAUUCUCUUCACAGAAGUUGGUUCUUUGGUCUAUGUGAACAACCAAAGCAUAUCUGACAAGGAUAUUCUAUUAAACACCAUGUAUGAUAAAAUUUAUGAGUCGGCAAAGAAGAGGCAAGCUGGGGCAGGGGCCUUAAUUUGGCAGUUACUAGUUGAAGGAGUGGAGGAAUAUGGUGACAGAUUUUCCUUCAUAGCAUGGGAUAAACCCUCGACCUAUAAACUGAUACUAAAGCAAUCAUGUAGGCUUCAAAGCAUUUUCCCGAAGAGCAGUCAGAAUAGGAAACUUGGCAAGGAUCCUUGCUCUGGUCAAUUACCUUGACAACAGUUUAUUGAAGGGUUGGAAAUAAAAACACAUAUAACCUUACCUCUUUUUGUGGAGAAAAUAGUGUUGAUAUUCAAUAGUUGUAUAUUCUUGAAUUUGUAAAGAAAAACAAGUGAUAGAUUAAAAUGGAAGAAAUGUGAUUAUUCAGAUUUUA